AUGCUACCACUAUCCCCUCACCCCCUCCUCCUCCCCUUUCCCCUCCCCUCCCCCCCCCUUCUCCUCCUCCCCCUCGCCCACGCCCUCCCGGACCCCACCCACUUCCCCUCCGCGCUCCUCCCGUUCUUUACUGCCCCACAGCACCCCCUCGACUACCACCACCUCGACCACCUCGACCUCGAAAACACCACUACCAUCUCCCUGCUGAACGCAACGACCAACAGCGGGGUGAUGUACCGGCUCGACUGCUCGUGCGACAGCGAUGCGGGCACGUGGGCUGGGCCUUUCGCCUAUGGCGACGAUGAUGGGGUGGAUGCGGAGGCGAGGAUGGAAACGUUCCUUACUGUCGGGCUCAUUGAGACGGAAAGGGAGAGGGAGGUUGUUAGUGUUAGUGUCAGUGAUAGUGAUGUGGAUGUGGAUGUGGAUGAAUUAGCUGAAGCGGUGGUGGAUGACACGGAGGAUGAAGACGGAUAUAAUACAGAGCCGUGGGUUUGGUAG